AUGCUGCUCCUCCCAGCGUUUGACUUGUGCAACCACCGCUCUCGUGGUCCCGCAGAGCGCGAGGCGUCGGGGCCGACCGUGGUGGUCGCCGGAGACGGCACAGUCGUCUUCGCCGCGGGCGCACCCCUCGCUGCGGGCGAGGGGGUGGCUCUCGAGUACCAGGCACGCGGCAACGCAGCGCUGCUCCUCGACUACGGCUUCGCGGAGCCGCUCACGCCGCUCGCACCCGGCACAGAGCGUCUCGCGCUGCUGCACACGCGGGACGGCGCCGCGCCCGCGCGGCUCACCCUCUCUGCCGCGCGUCUCGACGGGCUCCUCGCCGCCGCUCGCGCCGCCGCGCGACGCAGCUGCGACGCGGCCAGCGCCGAGGCCAAUGAGCCCGCCUCCCUCGCUCUCCACGCGUGCAAUGCCAUCCUGGCCUCGUGCCGCGCGAAGCUCCGUGCGAUGCCGACCUCUCUGGAGGAGGACGACGCCAGCCUCGCCUCGUUGGGGCGGCCCGCUGGCGGAGCGUCGGAGGCGCUGCUCCGGCGGAGGCACGCGCUGCACUUCCGGAUGGGCCGGAAGCAGCUGCUCCGGGCCGUGAUGGCGCGCAUCGAAGAGGCGCUCCGAGACUCGCCGAGAUUGUCCGAGAUCGUCGAGCCACUCGCCGAGCGACGCGCGAGCAGCGAGCCCAGGGUUCGGCCUCCUGCCGUCCGAACAGAGGAGCCGCACGUUGUCGAACUCACGGUGCCAGAGGUGUGUUUCGACGCGCUGCAUGCCUCCUACUUAGACGCUCGCUGUCCUCGGUAUGCUCGAGCAUCCUAA